AUGGCGUCUCAACCCCAAGGCAAUUUUUGCCUUGAAUGCAACUGGGAUGCUUUCCACCUUGAUGGCAAAGAAAAGGAGAUCUCUCGGUCAACCAUUCUCAACAUCAUUGGAAUUGUUCAAGUCAUGAACAUCAGACAGCGCUCCCCCAUUGCGAAGUGGACGAGGCCUGUUGUGAUGUAG